GUGGUGUAUUGUGUGUUCUUUGCCGUUUAUACGGAAAUAUUUGUCAAACAUAUUUUUCAUAUUGAGUUUGAACAUAACAUAUUGUGAGUUCUAGGCAAGAAGUCAUUUAACAUAAAUAACCAAUCAGAAAUAUAACUUGCGAUCGUCAUAUUGUACUAGCACAAAUACUGACUUGUAUUUCUAUUAUGGGUUCGACGUUGUUUAUGCUGUUGGUGACUCUCAUUUUGCUAAAAGAAUUGAUAGAAGUGAAAUGUAUUUGUUUCACAUCGACCUGGAAAAGAAAUGAACUUCAAUUGAUUUGCACAAUUAAUCAUUUGAUAUAUGACGUAACGAUACUUGACCAAAAUGGUAAAGAGCAAGCUUCAUGCUUGAUUCCAUCGUUCGAGUCGAAAUGCGUUUCUUAUCAUUCACAUGGACAUAUUUCACAGGACAUAGUGACAAAUAAAACUAUAUUUAAAGUAUGGCAGUUUGGUCAUGGCGAUUCCUUUGACGGCAAUUGGACAUGCCGUCAUGGUAGAGGAAAAGAACAAGCAACUACAGAAGUCAGUUUGGAAGAUUACUCCAAUGGUAUUGAAAAGUAUUCUUUAUGGACUUUUAUUGGCUUCAUACCGACGUUGUUAUUGAUGAGUACCUUACAGUGUAUAAGGAUUUUGGGUAAACAUUCAAGUGGGUGCUGCCGUAAUUUAGCAUUGUGCAAAUGCUCAAACAGUCAGAGAAACAAAAAACAAAUUAGUAGAAUUGUUUGUAAUUGGUUGGCGUACUUUAUCUUCGUAGUCGUAUUUUCUGCACUUCCGAUUUGCCUCGACUUUUUCGGAACAUUCCUACCAAUAUCUGAAAAAUUUUUCAUUGCUGAUGGUAUUAUGUUAGGAAUUUGGUGCCAUUUAAUAUCUAACAUUGAUGGAACAGAAGAAAGUGAAAGUAAACUUUUGGAUGAAAAGGUACAUGAGUUGUCAGAGACGCACGAACCACAUUCGAUAGAAAAUCAGGAAAGAGCGUCUCUCCUUUCAAAAAUUUCAACGGAGAACAAGGACUUGACAUCUAAAGACGUUUCAAUCGAAACCAGAGAUACAAAAUUGCAAAAUUGCUUAACGUAAAUGUGUGUGGUACAGUUGCGGUUAAUAUAAAGAAAAGAAUGAAAUUAAACAAUCUUACUUUUUGUUGAAAAAUAAGAAAAUACUUCAAGGCUAUCUUUUGGGACCUUGAAAUCGUAAAUAAAGACAGUAUUAUUCAUUUUUAAAUUGAGAUUCGUCAGAUGUUCAGAAGACAUCAGUUUGUCUGAUAUAAUUAUUAUAUUUCAAAAUGUCAUCUUGCAUAGUUCAGUGAAGAGCUCCAAACUUUUAAAAACAUAAUGCUUUACCUUACAAACUGCCAACAAAGCCUCAUUUUCAGGUAUUGUCUUCAUUUGAGAUAAUACAUAGGACCUCACACUAUAGGAAAGUAACAAUAUCUGAACGACACAUGGCUAUUUUCAAACACAUAUAUAUCGUUUUAUUCGAUGCAAUACCACAACACUGAAUGUAACUUAUUGAAAGUCUCUUCAAUGUAGCCAUUUUUUUUAAACACUUUAUUAAUGUUCUUUAAUAAAAUUAUGAAGCUUUAUAUUUUAGCCAUUUGAAUAAAUUGAUCUGCUUUGCAAUAUUCCACUAAUAGAAAAAUACGGUAAUCUAACUAUUAGAGUAUUUGAGGAUUUCUGGACAAUGCGCAUUCGCGCAUUGCACUUGUUCUUUGAAAACUUAAGCUACAUCUUCCAACAUUAUAUCAUAGUAUUCCUCAGCAGGCGAAUGACUACAUAACUGCACUUUGACUUUGUCCACGGUAAGCUUUGAUAAUUUGUAUCUAUUAAAAAACUACAAUGUGUCUCAUGUUUACACUGAGAGAUUAUAUUUUCCAAUCUGAAUGAUUUUUAUAUAAUAAAAUAGCUCAAUCUC